CAUUAUUGGAUAAACCUGCACCAAAUGGUUAAUCUCCAGGUAAUAAUGAUUAACUGGAACCCCGCUGAGUCACAUGUGUCCACUGGUGCUAAUGCUUCAGUGUUUUCAUACCAAACACAGGUGUCCUAUAAACACUACCAACAAGAGGAGCAGCAGCUUGACUUGUUUUUUUUACCUUCAUAUGAUCUGUAUCUGUCCCACCGACGGCUGAGCUUUAACCUGUAACUCUGUUCAGAAGGUUUAAUCCUCUAAACCUGACACCAGCUCAGCUAACUUUACAGAUCUGACAGAAGGAGAUCACCGACGAUGAACCGCUCCUGUGUCAACUGCUUGAAAUCUAUGGUGACAUUUCUCAACUUCCUUUGCUGGCUCUGCGGUGCCUUUGUGGUGGCGUUCGGGGAGUUCCAGAUGAUACAUUCCAAGUUCGCCUCCCUCGUCACCACCUUCUGGCCCAUCUACCCCGCCAACACCCUGGUGGUGACCGGGACCAUCGUCACCUGUGUGUGUUACCUGGGUGUGUUAGGAAAUAUGAAGGAGAACCGCUGCAUGCUCAUCUCUUUUUUCGUCCUGCUCUUCAUCCUGAUGCUGGUGGAGCUGGCCAUGGCCUGUGUUUUCUUCGUCUACAGCCGAGAGACUGACACAUAUUUUGAGAGAGACCUGAACCACAGCUUGGAGAUCUACAGACAAUCGCGUCCAGAGGAAAACCAGGACAUUCGAGACGACUUUGACGCUGUUCAGCACCUGUUCAGAUGCUGUGGAGUCCACGGAGAGGCAGACUGGAAGGGGAACGUCCCGGUGUCCUGUUGCACCAAGGACCCCUGUAACGCCAUCGAUCACGACAACUGGCCAGAGGGUUGUCUGGUGAAGCUGAGGGGCUGGUUUGCCGCUAACUAUCGCAGCACAGGCGCAGGUGUCGUCACUAUGUUCAUCAUACAGUUCAUCUGUCUGUGCAUUACCAUCCCUCUGUUCUGCCACUUCAGUCGACAGGGGCUGGGAUACCAGUGAACCCCUCCCCAAUUCCAUCUGCAGUUUAAUACGACACUACACAUGUCCCACUGUAAAAACUAAUCUUCCAAAUACAUAGGGACAAAAGUAUGUGGACAUGUUGAAUUCAGGUGUUUCUUUUCUAACAGGGGUCUGGGAUACAAAACAAUAACAACAACUGUCAUAAUAUAGUUUUACAUUGUGAUAAAUAUCAUUGCAUUGGUUAGUUUGUCUUAAAUUGUUCUCUUUACUUCCAAAAUGGCUCAGAGAUGGUUUUGACUUAAUUUCUGUCAACAUUAAUAUAUACAUAUUGUAUUUUUUUUUUUAAAUCCAUGACAAUGAUUUUUAAUGUUCUA